AUGGAGGAACUCCCCACUCGAUGGGAAGUCGAGCUAGAAUUUGUCCAAUCAUUGGCAAAUAUUCAAUAUGUGAAUUACUUGGCUCAGAACGAUUACCUAUCAGAUCCAAAGUUCAUUGAAUACCUCAAGUACUUGAACUACUGGAAGGAGACCAAAUUUGCCAAAUACGUUGUGUAUCCCAACUGUCUCCAUAUUCUUACGCUAUUACAAAAUGAAGAGUUCCGGAAAAGCAUAGUUAAUCCUGAGUUCAUGAACACGUUGAUGAAUGAUAUGGUGAAAAAAUGGCAAAACGUUGACGACGUUUUCAAUCCAUCAACUGAUAACGAUGAAGCAAAAGCUGACGGUCAAAAUGAAAUUAAAAAGGAGGAAAAUGAUGGAGCUGAUUUACAACUGGGCCAAAUACCCAGGCCUCCCGAAAUUGACGUUGACAGGCUUGGGUGA